CCAUCUUAGAGAGUGGUAGUGUGUGUGUGAGUCGCUUCGCCGGGGAUACUAACCAUGUCUUCAUGAAAUGAACUAAAUGAAAAGAGUGAUCAUCCGUGGAUACGUCUCUCGUUUGUGUAUUUUAAGUGAGUGAGUGUGUGUGUGAGGGAGUGGGAUAUGUGCUAAGUGUGAGUAGCGUGCGUCACUACGUGCGGCUGGAGGAGAUUCCGACUCGUACCCCCUGACAAGAACAAUGGCUCGACCCACCUGUCAUCCUGACCUGACUUCGCUGCUGACGACUCUAUUGGUGACCUCGCUCCUGCUUCAAGGUGUAGCAGCAAACCUGCCUCCCUCCUUCACGGCAGACAUGAACCUACACGUGGUGAGCGAGGACACCCCCGUCGGUGCGGCUGUCUACACGCUGAAGGCCUCUGACCCUGAGGGCGGCCCCGUCAAGUACGGCUUGACAGGGUCCGACAGACUCAAGGUGGACCCCAGUACCGGUGUUGUCACCAUUAACAGGCCCUUAGACAGAGAGCGAAAUGACACCCUGCGUCUGGUAGUGACUGUGGAGGAUGAGGUGGACGGAGGGGCAGACAACAACAUAAUGAGGAUCCCCAUCUCUCUCAUUGUCCUUGACACUAAUGACAAUGCUCCAAAGUUCCUGCAGACACCAUAUGAGGCCAUGGUUGGGGAAGAUGCUGCCGUGGGAAGCACCGUCUUGCCAGGUAUUAGACUCACUGAUGAAGACCAGGUUGGAGACACGAUUAAGGUGCAAUGUGAACCAAUUACUCCGGGUGAUGAUGCAUGUGAGGCGUUUGCCAUCGUAACAAGUCAGUCUUCUGCCCGCAAGUUCUCCGGCAACCUCAUCCUCAGCCAACCACUGCAGUACACCACCCGCAGCCUCUACCAGUUUAAACUUGUUGCCACAGAUGGUGGACAGAUGUCAAGCGUGGGCGUGGUGGUGCGAGUGAGAGAUGUGCAGAAUUCUCCACCUCUCUUUUCUGGUUCCCUCACCGGCAUUGUGACUGAGGAUGACCCAAUUGGCAGCUUGGUCAUGACCCUCCAGGCAGCAGAUGGGGACACUGGUGCCCCAAGACCCAUCAGAUAUGAACUCAUUAGUAAUCCACUGGAUUUCUUUACCUUAGAUGUCAAAUCUGGGGAACUACGCACUGCCAAACCACUAGACCGGGAGGCCCUUCAAUCCCCAGAUGGUGUGGUUAAAGUCAAGGUUAAGGCCUAUGAAACUAUCGGUGGGAAUCCUGUGAGUACAGGAGACACAGAUACAGUGGUGGAUGUAACAAUAACCAUUCGGGAUGUGAACGAUGAGCCUCCGUCCUUCAACAGGCGAGAGUAUCGUGCUUCUGUGCCAGAGAAUGUACCAGAUGGGACUCCACUACCAAACCUUGAUAUGUUUGUUCAGGACACAGAUGUAGGCUCCAACUCUGUGUUCAGCUUAAGACUGGUGGACUCAUCUGGAAUCUUCAGCGUGGAGCCACAGGUGGCCUCAGGCUCCUCCUCCGUCAGUAUCAGGGUGGCUCGUGGACCCCUUGACUUUGAGAAUCCCAACCAGCGCAAGUUUCUGCUACAGGUUAUUGCAGAAGAGACCCUAACGAACCCCCGGCUGUCAUCCACGGCAACAGUUGUCGUCUCUGUCACUGACACUAACGAUAACUCGCCAAAGUUUGAGCAAGAGGCUUACACUUCAGUGGUCUCAGAAACGGCCAACCCAGGCACUGUUGUUGCCACCAUCGUUGCCUCAGACAGGGACACUGGGCAAUUUGGCGCUGAUGGCAUACAGUAUUCCCUCUUUGGCAAUGGUGCAGAGAAAUUUGAAGUAGAUGCCACCUCUGGAGUGAUCACAGUGGCCUUCUGUGACACCCCCGGUCACCGCAACUGCCUCGACUUUGAGGAACGACCCACCUACUUUCUCUCUUUCCAGGCCAUAGAUGCAGGGGGCACAGGUCACACAACAGUUGUACCAGUGCGGAUAAUACUGGCUGACAGCAAUGACAACCCACCCAAGUUCACUCGGCAGCAGUAUCGUGCUGUGAUUGAUGAGGGUGCAGCAGACUUUGAUCCUCCAUUAUAUGUCACAGCUGAGGACCCAGAUGCCACUUCACAAGUUGUUUACAGCCUGGUGGGAGGAGACCCUACUGGACUCUUCACCAUAAACCCUGACUCAGGCAGGAUACGUGUAUCCAAUGAAUCUGGAUUAGAUAUAUCCAAUCUUAAGACUGGCUACAUUAUUCUCACAGUAGAGGCCAAUGAUGGUGAGGGGUCCCACACAGCCAACAUAAAAGUGUUAGUACGUGAUGCUAACAACAACGUCCCAGUCUUCAGCAAGAACCCUUACCUGGCAGCUGUCCAAGAGAAUGCUCCUGAAGGGGGUGUGGUAGAGCAAGUCUCUGCCAGUGAUGCAGACACAGGAGCCAAUGCUGCAAUCACAUAUCGUAUCCACCGUGGUGGUUACGAUGACUUUGCUGUUGACAUGGUCACUGGUGUCAUCACAGUUGCCAGGAAGCUUGACUAUGACAGACGGCAGAGCUAUGAUAUUGAGAUUGUGGCAACAGAUGGAGGUAUCCCGCAGCAGACAUCAACCAGUACUCUCACUGUUAGCAUCAUCAAUAACAAUGACAAGAGCCCUUAUUUCACCCCAACUACCCAGCGCACACAGGUCUCAGAGGAUGUGCAGGCAGGAACAACAUUCUACACACUGUCAGCACAAGACCCUGAUGUGGAAGGAGAAGGAGCACUAGUAUUUGGAGUUGAUUUACCAGUGUCUGCAGUUGACAGUGAUGGACGUCUUGUGGAGGGACCUCAGAGGGAUGCCCUGGCAGAGGUGUUUGUGGUCGACUCCUUGACUGGAGUUGUGACAGUAACCAAGGAGUUGGACAGAGCUGUAGCCACAGAGGUCUCCUUGGCUGUCACUGUCACGGACGUGUCUGCUACACCACCACAGGUGGGUCAUGGCAGCCUCGUAAUCACCAUUGUGGAUGUGAAUGACUUCCCACCGGUAUUCCCUCCCCCAUGGAGUCCUGAGAGUCCAACUAUUCAUGUUAGAGUGGCAGAGGAAUUGCCUCGAGGCUCCCUUCUGACUACCAUCACUGCCUCUGAUAUUGACUCCAACAUAGGUGGAUACUCUCUAGCAGAACCAUCAGAGCACUUUGCCCUGGAUAAUGUCACAGGGGUUGUGACAGUCAAGGCCAGACUGGACUAUGAAACACAGCCUGAGCUUAGCUUCAUUGUGGUGGCUCAUGACACUGGUGUGCCCACUCUGUCUGCCUCCACCACUGUUACUGUGAAGCUGGACAACAUCAAUGAUGAAGAGCCAGUGUUUAGUUCCCCUGUGUAUGAUGCACAGGUAGCUGAGAACUCCCCACCAGGCACUGUCAUCAUGGGUGUUACAGCCACAGAUGCUGACGAGGGCCAAUUUGGGGUCAUCACUUACUCUCUUGCAGGUAACCAUCAUGAGGAUUUUGCCAUCAAUCGCAUUGGAGUUGUGACAGUGAGGAAUGGUGCCUUGCUGGACCGUGAGAGUUUGUCUUCAGUCGUUCUGCGGGUCGUGGCAACAGAUGAAGCUCCAGAAAAUCAUCGGCGCCAAUCAUCUGUCCCACUUCACAUCACGAUCACUGAUGUGAAUGACCAUGGUCCAACCUUCAGCCAGGGGUCAUAUUCUGCCAGUGUGGUGGAGAAUCUCCCCCUGGAUCCUCCAGCACCUAUUGUCCAGGUCACCGCUCAUGAUGAUGAUGAGGGAAUUAAUGCCUUAAUUAGGUACUCCAUUACUAAUGGCAAUGACCAAGAAGCCUUCUGGCUAGACCCAGAGACAGGUAUCCUCUACCCAGCCCGUACCCUUCUAGCAACACCCAGCAACUACAACCUCACCAUACUGGCCAGGGACCUUAAUGGCACAGGUGAAUACAGUGAUCAAACUAUGGUAGAAAUUACAGUCCUACCCCAAAACCAACACAAACCUAAGUUUGUCUCCCCAGCUGUGCCCAAUGCCACUGUUUUCGUCCAGGAGAACUGGAGCUCACCUGUGCAGGAGGUAAUAACAGUUGAAGCUGAGGAUAAGGACUCUGGAGCCAAUGGGGAGGUGCGUUAUCACUUGCGUGUAGGUGAGGAAAAUCUUCAGGAUACACCUGAGUUCCAUCUAGACCCUAUCUCUGGUGAUCUUACCACUAGCGUGCUGGAUAGAGAAGAACAACAUAAGUAUGAGUUGGUGUUGGUGGCCAAGGAUCAGGGUUCACCAAUAUCCUAUGAGACCUUGCGAUUCUUGACAGUACUCUUGGAGGACAUGAACGAUAAUCGGCCAGUUUUCCCCAAGAACAGGAUGCCACAAGCUUACCGUUUCAGUGUUGUAGAGAACACAGCUAAACACACAUUUAUUGGUCAACUUCUUGCUGUGGACCCUGAUUCAGGAAUCAACGCUAAGGUUUUCUAUUACUUGGUCUCUGGUAAUGCCCACGAGAGCUUCUACCUGGACAAACUUCAUGGCAAACUCUACACCAAUGCUGUUCUUGACCGGGAGCAGAGAGCUUCAUACACACUCGUGGUCAAGGCCACCAAUGACCCUAAUUUUAUUUUUGACCCAAACCAAGAAGUCUUAUAUAAUGAAGAAGAUCCAACGCUAGCCAUCAUCACUGUCAACAUUGAAGAUGAGAACGACACACCACCACGAUUUAUUAGUGAAGCUUAUUAUGCCGGGGUGUCAUAUGAAGCAGAGGUUGAUAGAUUUGUGAGAAUGGUGAGUGCUGUUGAUGGGGAUGCUGGCCUUAAUGGCACUCUGACAUACUCUAUCAGAGCAUCCAAUCUCUUCAGACCAGGAGAAACUAAGGCCAUCGGCUCCAUUAUUCCAUCACCAUUCAACAUCACACAAGAUGGUAAGCUCACCACUGCCUCCCUCAUGUCCCAGUACCGCCGCCACCGCUUCCUCCUCCAACUGCAAGCAAAGGAGGAGGCACCGCCAUAUCGCACUGCCACCUGCAGUGUCAAUGUGUGGGUUUGGGAGAGAGAAGACCUAGUAAGAGUUGUCCUUGCCCAACCCCCUGAAGAAGUAGUUCGUCGUCAAGAGGACAUUGCUGCGACUCUUUCACAGGUUGCUAAAGGAACAGCAGUCGUAGAUGAAAUUAGAUAUCAUGUAAACCCUGACAAUACUGUCAACCGUGAGAGAGCUGACAUGUUGGUCCACGUCGUAAAUCAGACUGAGCAAGUGAUGCCUGUGCCUGUGGUGCUUAAGCGAAUGGAUCAGGGAUAUGCCACUCUUACCAAUAGCUCAAACUCAUUUUUUAUUGAGAAUGUCUUUCCGGCAUCAAUUGUGGCAGUGAGGGAAGAGGUUGAUGCCCGCCUGGCUGGUCUCAUUGCUCUCAUGAUUGUUCUCUUUAUUGGCUUUAUCUCUUUCAUUGUUGUGUGUUGCUGCCUCAGAUAUUGGGUGAUGACUCCAUCCAGCAGAUCCAGUGAACAUCUUAUUAAGCGUAAUAUUGACGAAGAUUUGGGCUUAAACACUACAGAAAACCCUCUCUGGGUUGACCAGAAACUCAAGAUGUAUGAGGAACAAGAGCUGACAAUGCAAGUGAUGAGCGAAUUUGACACAACACAAGUAAAUGUUCCUCCCAACCCGGUACAGGGGCCAAGUGUCACUGUAGAUGCAGAAUGGAGUCCAGAACGUCGAAGAUCAAGUAUUGACCUCUCACAGCUGGAUGGCCAGAGCAACACGUAUGCCACUAUCCAGAAGUCCCAUGGAGGAACACUGCGCUCACUACAACUUCGUGGUUUGCAACAAGGAACAUUAAAACUGGGGGAGGACCCUGGAGAAAGUAAUGAUUAUGCUACUCUAGACCACCUCCACCGCCCAGCCUCAGCUCAGGGUCCACGAGUCCCUGGUAUUGAAACACCAAGAUCACCACUUACCCAGAACGGUGAUUACCAUGAAUUGAGGACUUCAUUUACGGGAUCAACCUUCCAACCACCUGAUCUUGCCAACCGCCCACUGCCAGAUGAACCAUCCAUCCUUCAUCCAAUUUCCCGUAAUCUUGCAUUCAAUGCCCAAGGAGAACCAGUGCUUGUAGCAGAACUAAUCUAAGUGUUUAUUACUUAGAGAGGAAGGAGAUACAACAUUUGCAUUCCUUUUGUGAUAUGAAUGAUAUGAAUAACAUUAUUACCUGCAAGUUGUUAUUAGUAUGCCAACCUGAUUUAAUAGAAAGGCAUUAGGUGAAUAUUGUGGAACUGUGCUAAGGCUUCCUCAUUACAACUGUCUCCUAUGUUAGUCCAUUCAGUUGCUGGUUAAGCUCUUACAGACUUUUCCUUCCAAGAUUUUAUCAAUCAAUGAACCCUUUAAAUAUCUUGGCUCCUGUAUCAUGUCAGCAUGUAGUUAUUUACAACUGCAUAAUUUUAAGCUUGGCAUCACUUUACAUAUAUCUUUUGUAGGAGUUGUUGGAGCUGAGCUGUAAAUAUUGUAACAGUAUUGUACUGUACUCAAAUUUUUGUUCCACAGGUUGUAAAUGGAUGGUAAUGGUAUUAAGUUUAUUUUAAAUGUAAACUAUAUAAUAGAUCUUUACCAAACUUUUUCUUAUUGUGCUUGGAUCCUAUCAAAAUUCGAAAAUCCCUGUUGCCAUAGAAUAACGAUGUUUAUACAGGUAUACUUGUGUGUGUGUGUGU